AUGACGGUCUUGUGCGCUCGCGCUGUUGUCAGGUGCUACUGGCUAAUAAGUACGAGAACUGUCAACCAGGAAGGAACUGAACCAGGAAUAGAAGUCGGGUAGCUGAAAUUGAUAUGAGAGCAAUCGAACGGCUUCCUUUUCAAACGUAUUGGAUUUGACCCGGGUUAGCGUUGUCAUGGAAGAAACAAACAGGGAGGCCGUUGCUACGGCUGUGCAGAGGGUGGCAGGGAUGCUGCAGCGUUCGGACCAGUUGGACAAAGUGGAACAGUACCGCCGGCGAGAGGCCCGCAAGAAAGCUUCAGUAGAAGCCCGGCUUAAGGCUGCCAUCCAGUCCCAGUUGGAUGGAGUCCGCACCGGGCUUAGUCAGCUCCACAAUGCCCUGGGUGACGUCAAAGAUAUACAGAACUCCCUUGCAGACGUCAGUAAGGACUGGAGGCAGAGUAUCAACACAAUUGAGAACCUUAAAGAUGUAAAGGACGCCGUGGUCCAGCACAGUCAGCUUGCCUCGGCUGUUGAGAACUUAAAGAAUAUCUUCUCAGUGCCUGAGAUAGUGGCAGACACCCAGGUGCUGAUUGAGCAGGCCGAGCUUCUGGAAGCCCACCGUAAACUCAUGGACCUGGAGUGCUCUCGGGACGACCUCAUGUAUGAGCAGUACCGAAUGGACAGCAAAAACACCCAUGACAUGAACCUGAUCCGAAACUACUUUGGUCAGGUGCAGGGCCUGUCCGAUGACCUGGCCAAGCAGCUGUGGAUGGUUCUGCAGCGCGCCAUGGGCACUGUGCGCCGGGACCCCACCAUGCUGGUCUCGGUGGUGCGCAUCAUCGAGCGUGAGGAGAAGAUCGACCGGCGCAUGCUGGACCGCAAGAAGCAGACUGGCUUCAUCCCCCCGGGUCGGCCCAAGAGCUGGAAGGAGAAGAUGUUUGAGGUCCUGGAGGGCACGGUCACGACGCGUAUCGAGGGAAGCCAGUCGGUGACGCGCGAGGCUGACAAGAUGUGGAUGGUGAGGCUUCUGGAGAUCACCAGGAAGUACGUUCUGGAUGACCUGAUUGUGGUUAAGAACCUGAUGGUGCAGUGCUUCCCGCCGCAUUACAACACCUUGGACCGGUUCCUAAAACUGUACCACAACGCCGUGUCUAUGAGGGUGCAGGAGCUGGCUGCUGAAGACCUGGAGGCCAACGAGAUUGUUUCCCUGCUCACCUGGGUCCUCAACACAUAUAAAAGUGUUGAGAUGAUGGGCCACCCAGAGCUGCUGACUGAGUAUGACAUCAACCUGAUGGGUCCUCUACUGCCUCAAGAAGUGGUGGAGGCGCUGCUCAGCAAAUACGUCCAAACCUUCACCUCCAACAUCACUGGCUGGCUGCGCAAGGCGCUGGAGACCGAUAAGAAGGACUGGUUUAAAGAGACCGAACCAGAGGCAGAUCAAGAUGGGUACUACCAGACCACCCUCCCCGCCAUCGUCUUCCAGAUGUUUGAGCAAAAUCUCCAAGUGGCAGCCCAGAUCGAUGAGACUUUUAAAGAGAAGGUCCUAAAGCUCUGUUUAAAACAGAUGAAUUCUUUCCUCAUCAGAUACAGGGAAGAAGUGAUCGCCUACAAAGAGGACCACUUGAAAGACCGGCAGCUCCCUCAGUGCUAUGUCCAAUACAUGAUCGCAAUUAUAAACAACUGUCAUACAUUCAAGGAGUCAAUUAGCAGUCUAAAGAGAAAAUACUUGAAGUCUAUGGAGCAAACCCAGAAUGACGCUGCCAUUGAGAAGACCCUGAACGACGUGGCUAAAGACGGCUGCCAGUUCCUACUGGAUGAAGUUUUCCUGGAUUUAGAGCAACAUCUUAACGAGCUGCUGACCAGGAAGUGGUUAACUGGGUCCCAUGCAGUGGACACUAUCUGUGUGACCGUCGAGGAUUACUUCAACGACUUCGCCAAGAUCAAGAAGCCCUUCAAUACGGAGAUGACCAGCGAGGCCCAUCGCAGGGUGGUGGUGGAGUAUAUCAAGGCUGUGAUGCAGAAACGCAUCUCCUUCAAGAACGCGGAUGAGAGGAGGGAAGGUGCAGAACGGAUGAUCAAGGAGGCUGAGCAGUUCAAGUUCCUCUUCAGGAAGCUUACCGCAGGAGAGGAGACUGACCGGCUGUGUGAUGCCAUUGCUGCCAUAGCUGAGGUGUUCAAACUCACUGACCCCAGCCUGCUGUACCUGGAGGUGUCCACGCUGGUGUCAAAAUACCCUGACAUCAGGGAGGAACACAUCGUUGCCCUGCUGGCUGUGAGAGGGGACGCUAGCCGAGACAUGAGGCAGAUGAUCAUUGAGACGCUGAACCAGAACAAGCCUUCCUCCGCCGGCUUCAUUCAACCUAUCUUCAAGGACAUCACGGUGCCCACCGUGACCAUGACCUCCAUGUCCUCCUCUAUGGCCGCCACUGCCAACAAGCUGCUGAAAUAAACAAACCAGUCUGGAUUGAUGUAGAUGCCUGAGUCGUAUUCAUGAAUGCACAUUGUAGAGAAACAUUUCGCAACAAAAGGAAAACACGUUGGGAUAGUCCCUACCUGUUUAUCGUUGCUUGGUUGGUUCUUGGUGAUUACGACCCUGGCUCCGACCCUGCCCCCCCCCCCCAUAAAACCACCAGAAACUUUAACAAAUCACCGGCUGUUGACUUUUUCUUUAAGCACUUUUUAAUCAGACACCGGAUGAAAAGCUUGGACUGCAGACGAACCAUAAGCAUGAUACUUGAUGAAAGAACCGCUGACACUAGCAAGCAUUUUGUAUUACUGAAACGGGGUCUUGCUCUAACCACUGAUCCGACCCCUCCACCUUGUACAAUGAACACUUCCAGUAACAGACGUUGUCAGUGCGUGAUACGGAAUGUUUGUCACAUCGAAAAUCUAUUAAAGAAAUCCCUUUUCCUGUCAGAAUGCUUUCCUCAUUUACGGUGCUGUCAGAGGAGGUGGUCGACGCGCUGGAACAUGCUCAGUGCUCCCACACUCGCAGGAGAUCACUCAGUUGGUUGGCUGAGCUCAUUCCAGGGCUGCUGUGAAGCCCUGCCGGUUCAGAUGUUUCAGUGUAACCCCUGUCUUCUGGCCUGCUGCCUCCUAAACGGCAUGGUCUAGAUGUGCUUUAGUAUCUGUCUGUGUGACACCAGUCUAGCGUUCUGCCUCUGGAUUUAAGAGGUGCUCCCCUCCCAUGUAAUACCUCUAAAAGUUUAAUCUGGCAAGGUUGCACGCUAUCUGUUGUGACUAUCCAAGCAGUGAAAAGAAGGCACAAACAGCUGAAGGGGACCGUUUUUCAGCCUGGCUAAGGUGGGGUAGUGGACCCCUGUGGAGAGGCAGAAGAGGGGACCGUUGACGGAUCCCAUCUCCAAGAUGGUGGGUGACCAAAGCUCUCAUGGGCCCUUUUCCAUUGGAUUCCUCCCUGAGCUCGGAAACACUUCCGAGCAGUGAUUUUCCAUAUGCUUUAGUGUGGUCCAAUGAGAGGACUACAUUUGGUAGUGCUGUAACUGAAAGCAUGGAAAUGCAGCGCAGCAGCUGUGCUCUCGUGGCAAAAACACACGUCAGCCUAAAGCCUGGAUUACACACACCAGAGGGCGGGAACUAGUCACCAGGUUCAAAUGAGAAUUCUGGCGGCUUCACGACUGAGUCAUCAGGCAGCUCAUCUUCCACUGGCUCUAUACUGCUCCACUGGCUAACUACUAAAGCUUUGCUUUCACUUGGUCCAAAAACCUGAAAUCAAUACUGAAUACAUGUGAUCCUGUUUGGAGAUUAAACCAAAUGUUUUACUCUA